AUGAAAGUUUUCCUUGAAAGCGCAUUAUUUCUUCGCGAAAUAUUCCUCGAUAAAAAUGGUCGAUACUCUAAUCUUUGUCUNAUAUUUGCUUUUCAAGAAAUUGAAGGUAUUGAUGUUGUUUUCUUUGGUAUGUAUGUACAAGAAUAUGAUGAACAUUGUCCUGCGCCAAAUACAAAUCGUGUUUAUAUAUCUUGUUUGGAUACAAUACAUUUUUUUCAACCGAAACUUUAUCGUCAAGAUGUUUAUCAUGAAAUUUUAAUUGGUUAUUUGAAUUAUGCCAAACAACAUGGCUAUAUCUAUGCUCAUAUGUGGGCUCGUCCAACAAGUGUAUUUGUUGAUUAUAUAUUUCAUUGUCAUCCACUUGAACAACGUUUACCCAAUUCAAAACGCUUACAUAGUUGGUGUAAAAAGCUGCUUGACAAAGCAAUUAUAAAACAUAUUGUUAUUGAUUAUAAGGAUAUCAUGCAAGAUUGUUUGGAUAAUCAAAUCCAAACAGUUCUUGAUAUUCCAUAUUUUGAUGGUGACUUGUGGCCAACUAUAAUUGAAGAAACUAUUGAAAAUUUUAGUCAAGAAGAAGAUCGAAGAAGACAAGAAGUUGAAGCAGCAGCAGUUAUACAAGAUGACGACUUCAAUGAUUCUUUUGAACUAGAUGAUUCAACACAAAUUUCUAGUAAACGUAAAUUUGCAAAUAAAUAUGAAAAGAAAAAUUCAAAGAAAACGGGAAAACAACAAGAACUAGCAAAAGCUCAAAUGUUAAAUUCUACUGAUUUACUAUCUAUAAUAUUUUCAACUAUGGAAAAAAACAAAGAGGAAUUCUUUGUUAUUCGUCUUCAUCAUCAACCAAUAUCCUAUCCAACAAUCAACGAUACUGAUGCUCUUCUUCAAUGUGAUAUAAUGGAUACGCAAAAUGCAUUUCUAAAUUUUGCACGUCAUAAAAAUUAUGAAUUUUCUUCAUUACGUAGAGCAAAAUUUUCAACCAUGGCUUUAUUAUAUGAAUUACAUAUAUCAACAACAAAAAACAUUCCAUAUAAUUGUAAUAGAUGCCUACAAAAAUGUGAUAUAUGUUAUUAUUGUACAGUAUGUGAAGAUUUUGAUUUAUGUGAAAAGUUGUAUAAUAUGCGACUAAAACAUGAAGAUAAAAUGGAAUGUUUAAUAUCAUCAAGAGUUAUCAUAAACCAAGAUAAUGAACAAAAUUCAUUAAAUAGUAACAAUAAAUCUCUAACAAAUGCACAAUUCCAACGACAAAAAACAAUGCAAUUUUGCAUUGAUGCUUUGUUACAUGCACUUAAUUGUUGUAUGGUCAAUUGUAUUUAUCGUGGUUGUCUUUGUUAUAAACGUAUUAUACAACAUACAAAAGAUUGCAAAGAAAAAAAUCGUCAAUGUUAUAAAUGUAAACAAGUUAUUUUUCUUUGUUGGCAUCAUGCUAAAAGUUGCAUGAAUCGAAAUUGCCAAGUUCCAUUUUGUACAAAUUUAAAAUCUAUAAUAGAAAUCGAAAGGACAACUAGUUUACAAGUAGAUCGACUUCUUAUGGAAGCCAUGAUUAAGCAAAAGGAAACAAAUAUUAGGUAAACACAAACACAAGAUAAAUGAAUUGUAUUGUAGAAUAUUUUUUCUGAAUAAAAUCUCAUUUGAUUCUGAAAAUGAAAUAAAUUAAGUCAAGAAUAUUUAGGUCAUAAUAGUUCGAUGCUUUAUUGAUUUCUCACUCAAAUAUGUGGCAUAUAAUUAAUAAAUAGUUUUUGUAAUUAAUGCAAAAGUAAUAAAAUACCAAGAAGUCAAAAAUCAGAAAACACUUCGUACAUUUUAUUUUUCUAUCGAAGCAUAUAGUGAUAGCAUCUGACAGAUAAUAGUGGCUAUCAGGAACUUUGUCAAUGGUUUCCAUGAAACUGAAAGAAGAUCAUCAUCCAUAAUCUGGAAAUCUAUUUUGCCUAACUAAAAAGUGAUCCUUAUUCAUUUCCUCAAGAAAAAUUCUAAAUUAGACAAGAUUGGAUUCGCACCAGAUAUUCAAAAUCUGUUUUGCGAUUCUUCAGAAAAAUAUAUUCUAUAAUGGGUCUUCUAUCACACUGAAAUGUUUUGUAUACCACGGCACCAAAUAUCAUGCAUGCAACA